ACGUUGGAUUCCGCAUUGCGAAACAACGCGUCACAACCGAAAGCAUCGCACGACGCGCAGAAGUCUCGACCUUCAAGCUGCAUCUACUGCUUGAUGACGGUGCUGUCCAAGUCGCAUGCCGCAUCUGGCGCCGUGUCCAUCGUCUCGCUCGUGGCGUUGGCAAUUGCAAUCCGCGAACAUGGACAAAAGAAGGCGAACGCAGCGUUCUCCAUGGACUCGGAGUUUAUGACCAAGAAACAGGGCAGUCGACAGAAAGUGGCGGUCAAUAAGGAGUUCUAUCGCCGCUUCCUACGACUCUUCAAGGUCAUUGUACCAGGCCCAUUCACUGCCGAAGUGGGGUUCGCUGCUCUUGUGGCUGUUAUGCUUGUGGCUCGCACGUCCUUCGACAUUGUAGUGCUGCACACCUUCACAGCCAUCGAGAGAGCCAUCAUCUCUCGCUCGCAGACGGACUUUAUGCGUCAUCUCCGUCGCUUCGUGGCCAUUAUGUUGCCCAUGAGUUGCGUUAACAGUCUCCUUAAGUACGGCCACACAGAGCUCAGUCUGCGCUUCCGCACGAGACUCACCAAGCACCUGUACGAGCAGUACGUCAAGGGGUUCGUGUACUACAAAGUGUCUAACCUGGACAACCGCAUCUCCAACGCCGACCAGCUGCUUACAGUGGACGUGGAGCGCUUCAGUAACUCGGUAGCGGACCUGUACUCCAACAUGUCGAAGCCUCUCCUGGAUAUAGCCAUCUACGCGGUCAAGCUGUCGUCUUCUAUUGGCGUGGAGGGGCCUGUGAUCAUGCUCAGUUACUUGGUGGCCUCGGGCUUCUUCCUCACGUGGCUACGACAACCGACUAGUCGGUUUACGAUCGCUGAGCAACAGAUGGAGGGCAACUUCCGCUUCAUGAACUCCAGACUCAUCACGCACAGCGAAGAGAUCGCCUUUUACAAUGGCAACGUGAGGGAGAAGCGCAUUUUGGACCAAUCGUUCAGCAGACUCAUCGACUUGGUGCGCAGUUCGCAGCAGUUCCGCUUCUCCAUGAGUGUGAUUGACAAUAUUGUGGCCAAAUACUUGGCUACAGUGGUGGGGUACGCUGUGUUGUCGAAGCCGUUCUUGGACUUGUCGAACAAGAGAUUGGAGAACACGUCGUAUGCAGAGAGAAUGGAGGAUUAUUUCCGGUCUGGCAAGAUGUUGCUGAAGAUGUCGGAAGCGAUGGGGCGUCUGGUGUUGUCAGGCCGAGAAUUGACGCGGUUGGCUGGAUUUACUGCUCGAGUGACGGAGAUGAUCGACGUUCUGAGUGAUCUAGACAAGGGCAAGUACCAACGCACGAUGCUCAGAGCUGAAGAUGAGAAUCUGUCGGAAGAAUCCAAGACGCAGUCGACCUCUGCUGAGUCUCUGGGGUUGUAUCCUAAUAAGGGCGAGAUCCGCUACCGUGACCACAUGAUCCAGUUCGAAGAUGUACCUCUUGUGACUCCGAAUGGAGACGUGUUGGUGCCGUCGCUCAAUAUCAAGGUCAAGUCUGGUAUGAACGUUGUCGUGGCAGGACCCAAUGGCUGCGGUAAGAGCUCGCUGUUCCGUAUUCUUGGAGAGCUGUGGCCCAUGUUCGGCGGUAGGCUGACGAAACCGGAGCGCAACGGACUGUUCUACAUCCCGCAGCGUCCAUAUCUGACGUUGGGCACUCUUCGCGACCAGAUUAUCUACCCACACUCACUCAAAGAGAUGCAGGCGUGUGGAAGAACGGACGAAGACUUGAUGUUUUACUUGGAGAAGGUGCAGCUGGGGCAUCUCGUUGAGCGUGAAGGAGGUUGGGACGUCAUUCACGACUGGGCCGAUGUCUUGUCUGGCGGUGAGAAGCAGCGAGUGGCUAUGGCUCGCCUGUUUUAUCACAAGCCGCAGUUCGCUAUCCUGGACGAGUGCACGUCUGCUGUCAGUGUGGACGUGGAAGGCGCCAUGUACAGCUAUUGCCGCGAACAGAACAUCACGCUCUUCACGGUGUCGCAUCGCAAGUCGCUGUGGACGUACCAUGAAUAUGUGCUUCGGUUCGAUGGACGUGGCCACUACGAGUUCAAGAAAAUAGACGAAGCCGACGAAGCAUUCGGCUCUUAACUCUUUUAGUUUAAGCUACAGACCCGAGAUGAUAUCGAGCAAUGUGUUUGUCAUUCAAAUCCAGAUAAAAUCUUGAAUAAAAGAUGCCCAUUAUCUAUAUCGUGUCU